AUGGAUAAUAGUAUAAUAGAUCUAUAUAAUAUUUUGACAAGUAUAGUAUACAAUUUAUUUUAUGAUUUUAAGCAACAGUUAACACAAUUAAGGAUUACUGCAAGUACAAAUGAUGAUAUAUCUUACAAAACAAUAGAUCCAAUUGAAGAAACAAUAACUGAUUUAAAUUAUGAAAUUUACAUAUAUAUGACGUUAAUGAUUUUAUUAACUAGUGGAAUAUGUUUAUUAUUAUCAAAACAAAAACUACAGCCACCUAAAGAAAUUGAAAGUCCAGUAUAUAAUGAAAAUGAUCCCGCCCUAUCAAUUGAUGAAUUAUUAUCACCAAGUUAUGAAUUUCCAACUACUUCAUUACCAUCAAAUACUUUAUCAAGCGAUUAUAAAACUACAUUAUUGGGUCAAAGUCCUGUUGGUUAUUUAAUGCAGAAUAGUAAUCAAAAUGAUAAUUCAAAUACUACUAGAACUAUAACAAGUUUAUUUGAUCCUCCAUCUACUAAUGAUUCAUUAAUGUUUGAUGAUAAUGAUUUAGAUUAUAUUUUAAGAUAUACGGAAUAUUAA